AUGGAGUUUCUGACAAAAUAUUACUUCCUAUCUAUCUAUCUAUCUAUCAAUCAAUCAAUCUAUCUAUCUAUCUAUCUAUCUAUCUAUCUAUCUAUCUAUCUAUCUCAGUCUAUUCUUUAUCUAUCUAUCUAUCUAUCUAUCUAUCUAUCUAUCUAUCUAUCUAUCUAUCUAUCUCAGUCUGUUCCUAUCUAUCUAUCUAUCUAUCUAUCUAUCUAUCUAUCUAUCUAUCUCGUCAAAUUUGCUCCGCCUCUCUCUCUCUCUUUCUCUCUCUCUCUUUCUCUCUUUUUUUCUCUCUCUCUCUUUUUCUCUCUCUCUCACUCUUUCUCUCUCUCUUUCUCUCUCUCUUUUUCUCUCUCUUUCUCUCUCUCUCUUUUUAGUAGUCAAAUUAGUACUUCGUCGUUAUACUCAAAUUUGCUCCGCCUCUCUCUCUCUCUUUCUCUCUCUUUCUCUUUUUUUUUUUUUCUCUUUCAUAUUUUCUCUCUCUCUUUUUCUCUCUCUUCUUCUCUCUUAAAUUCUAUAUUCUCUCUCUCUUUUUUAGUCAAAUUGUACUUCGUCGUCAUUUCUCAAAUAUUUUUCUCUUUUCUUUUCUCUCUCUUUUUUUCUCUCUCUCAUUUUCUCUCUCUCAACUCUUUCUCUCUUUCUCUCUCUUUUUUUUCUCUAAAAUCUCUCUCUCUCUUUUUACUUAGUCAAAAUACUUCGUCGUUAUAUCCUCUUUUAUCUAUCUCUCUCUCUUUUCUCUCUCUCUUUAAAAUCUCUUUUUUUCUCUCUCUUUUUCUUUCUCUCUCUAUUUCUCUCUCUUUCUCUAUCUCUUCUCUCUCUUUCUUUUCUCUUUUUAGUAGUCAAAUUAAAAACUUCGUCGUCAUUUUACUAAAAUUUGAAUUCUCAUUCUCUCUUUCUCUCUUGAAAUCUCUUUAUCUCUCUCUCUUUUCUUUCUCUCUCUUUCUCUCUCUUUCUUCUUUUUUAUCUAUCUUUUAG